AUGGCGAGCAAACGGACAAAGGCGCCCCCCACCGACGACGAGCUUGGCGAUCUCUUCGAGGGUAUCGGCGGCGACAAGACCAUCAAGAAAACCACCAAAGCCAAGCCGACCACGGCCAAGCCCAAAGCUGAUGUCGCUGAUCAAGACAUCCUCGCCGAACUCGAAAACCAACUCGGCGAGAAAGCCCCAGAGCGACCGCACACCCCCCGCGUUCGCGAUGUCGCCAAACGGACUUCCACCAACACGCCCCCUCCGGCCGCCGACGCCACGCGCAAAUCCGCCGAGAGCACCGGGUCGCACCGUGCAAGCCUCACCCCGAGUGCCACAAGCUCCGAGCCCCACGAUAGCGAGAAGAGAGCACCGGCUCAACAGACACAAGCAGGGGGUGGUGCGGGUGGCGGCGGCUGGUGGGGCGGGCUCUUGUCGACUGCAUCGGCUGCCAUGAAGCAGGCCGAGGCCGCUGUCAAGGAGAUCCAGCAGAACGAAGAGGCAAAGAAAUGGGCAGAUCAAGUCCGCGGCAAUGUGGGAGCGUUGAGGGGUUUCGGCGACGAGAUUCGGCACCGCGCCCUCCCGACCUUUACCAACAUCCUCCACACGCUCGCCCCGCCCAUCUCCUCCCACGAGCGCCUCCUCAUCCACAUCACCCACGACCUGGUCGGGUACCCCUCCCUCGACCCGCUCAUCUACAGCGUCUUCAACCGCGUUAUGGCGCAGGUCGAGGGCGGCGACCUGAUGGUGAUUCAGCGCGGGCAAGAAUUCACACUCCGCAGCCCGUCGGCCGAGAAAUCCGGCACAGCUCUCUUCAGCACAGCCCAACAAUCGGCAGCCGGGUGGCGCGACGGGCCGUGGUGGCGGCAGGCCGACGUGGCGCGCGACCUCGGGGUGGUGCAGGGCCUGGUGGAGGGCACCAAGCUGUGCCGGGCCAACGCCGAAGGGUACGCGGCCGACUACUUUGCGGCGCACGGCGGCAUCGAUCAGGCCAAGCAGCGCGCGGCCGAGCCCGUCAGCGAGUCCAACCCGGUCCGCAGCUCCGACAUCUUCCUGGCGGUGCAGGCCGUCAACGUGCGGGCCGACAAGACGCUGUUCGCCGGGUCGACGGCGGUGGAGAAGGAGAAGGAGGCGUCGGUGGUCGCCGAGGAGGACGAGGACGCCGAGGGCGAGGUGUGCUUCGCCGUCUACCUCCUCGACCCCGUGCACGAGAUCCAGUACGCCACCGUCAGCCAGUCCGUGCGGGCGCGGUGGAUUCGCUGGCUGGAUGCCCCCGCCACGCCGGUGACGCCGGCCAGCGGGGACGAGGAGUUCCAGGCCGAGUUUGGGCGGGUCCCCGAGGAGAUCCGGGAGAUCAUCGAGAGCGGCGGCGUGGAUCCCCGCGAGUGGGUGGCCGAGUGGGUGGAGGAAGCCCUGGGCCUCUCGGUGGGCAUCGUUGCGCAGAAAUACGUCGCGCGGCGCAUGGGGGUUGGUGAGGGCGGUAUUGGGAAGGGCAAGCAAAAGGUGGAGAGCGUCAUGGAGAAGGGCGGGAACGAGGCUGCUAGAGCCGGCUUGAUUUGA